AUGCUCCGGACAAAUGCCGUCUGUAAUACGAAAGUGACAAAUGGAAAUAAUGAAUAUACGGUCACCAGUGCAUAUUUAGCAGGCAGCCAUGCCUGUGUUAGGUGUUCAGGGAAAAUGGUAGACAAGAACCUGCAUUUGAGGAGUCUUAGUUCUCCUCCUGCUAUUGCGCUCAAUGCUAAUAGAACAAGUGGCGAACAAGGAGAGACAAGCACACAAGAUACGUUGCUGCCCAUAGCCAAUGUGAGCAAAAUCAUGCGUAGGAUCCUCCCUCCCAAUGCCAAGGUCUCCAAAGAAGCCAAGGAUAUCAUGCAAGAAUGUGCUUCCGAGUUCGUAGCCUUUGUCACCGCGGAGGCUUCUCUCAAGUGUCAAAAGCAGAAACGGAAGACCAUUAAUGGCGAAGAUCUGUUAUCUGCCAUGGCUUCUCUUGGAUUUGAAAAUCAUGCUGAGCAGCUGAAAAGUUAUCUGCUAAAGUAUAAAGAAAGUGAGGGCGAAAAGUUCUCUGUAAUAAAACAAGGCUUAGCAGAUCUGUCCACUAGUGGUAAUGGCAACAUAGAAAAGUGGGUUCCAACAGAGGAUCCAAAUCAAUAUUGUAUUGAUCAUCACGGGAGGCCGUUGGUGGGAUCAAUUAGCCAAAACCCUCCUUUCCUCCAGCGCUUAAAGAAGCAUGGCGUUGGUCCUUCCACAGAUCCAGGGAGAGGUGGUCGUUGA